AAUAGCAGCGGAGCCAGAGCCGGAGCCGGCACCAGCGGCUGGAGCAGCAAGGGAGUGAGGGCCAAAGCCAUAGAGCCAGAGCCAGAGGAGCCCCCCCGUCCUCACAGUGACAUGUCGGACCCUGAGAUGGCCUGGGUGCCUGAGCCACCAGCCAUGACGCUGGGGGCUUCACGGGUUGAGCUGCGGGUGUCCUGCCACGGCCUCUUGGACCGAGACACGCUCACCAAGCCCCACCCCUGCGUGCUGCUCAAACUCUUCUCUGAUGAGCAGUGGGUGGAGGUAGAGCGCACAGAGGUGCUUCGCUCCUGCUCCAGCCCAGUCUUCUCCCGGGUGCUGGCCCUUGAGUAUUUCUUCGAGGAGAAGCAGCCCCUGCAGUUCCACGUGUUUGAUGCUGAAGAUGGAGCCACCAGUCCCCGAAAUGACAACUUCCUGGGCUCUACAGAGUGCACCUUGGGCCAGAUUGUGUCACAAACCAAGGUCACCAAGCCAUUACUGCUAAAGAAUGGGAAGACUGCGGGCAAGUCCACAAUCACGAUCGUGGCCGAGGAGGUGUCUGGUACCAACGACUAUGUGCAGCUGACCUUCAGAGCUCACAAGCUAGAUAACAAGGACCUGUUCAGCAAGUCUGAUCCUUUCAUGGAGAUUUACAAGACCAACGGGGAUCAGAAUGACCAGCUGGUGUGGAGGACCGAGGUGGUGAAGAACAACUUGAACCCCAGCUGGGAGCCGUUCCGCCUGUCCCUGCACUCCCUCUGUAGCUGUGACGUCCACCGGCCCCUCAAGUUCCUGGUGUAUGACUAUGACUCAAGUGGGAAGCAUGACUUCAUCGGUGAAUUCACCAGCACUUUCCAGGAGAUGCAGGAGGGGACAGCAAACCCUGGGCAGGAGAUGCAAUGGGACUGUAUCAACCCCAAGUACCGGGACAAGAAGAAGAAUUACAAGAGCUCAGGGACAGUGGUGCUGACCCAGUGCACGGUGGAGAAGGUACACACCUUUCUGGAUUACAUCAUGGGUGGCUGCCAGAUUAGCUUCACGGUGGCUAUUGACUUCACUGCCUCCAAUGGGGACCCAAGGAGCAGCCAAUCCCUUCACUGUCUCAGCCCGCGCCAACCCAACCACUACCUGCAGGCCCUGCGUGCAGUGGGAGGCAUCUGCCAGGAUUACGACAGUGAUAAGCGGUUUCCAGCUUUCGGCUUUGGGGCUCGAAUCCCUCCCAACUUUGAGGUGUCCCAUGACUUUGCUAUCAACUUUGACCCGGAAAACCCUGAAUGUGAUGAGAUCUCAGGGGUCAUCGCCUCCUACCGUCGCUGCUUGCCCCAGAUCCAGCUUUACGGCCCUACGAACGUGGCUCCCAUCAUCAACCGGGUGGCUGGGCCAGCCCAGCGGGAGCAGAGCACCGGCCAAGCUUCGAAGUACUCGGUACUGCUGGUACUCACUGACGGUGUGGUAAGCGACAUGGCAGAAACCCGCACUGCUAUCGUGCGUGCCUCUCGCCUGCCCAUGUCCAUCAUCAUCGUGGGCGUGGGCAAUGCCGACUUCUCCGACAUGCGACUGCUAGACGGUGACGACGGUCCCUUGCGCUGCCCCCGAGGGGUGCCUGCAGCCCGUGAUAUUGUCCAGUUCGUGCCCUUCCGAGACUUCAAGGAUGCUGCCCCCUCUGCGCUUGCCAAGUGUGUCCUGGCUGAGGUGCCGCGACAGGUGGUGGAGUAUUACGCCAGCCAGGGCAUCAGUCCUGGGCCUCCCAGGCCCAAUACGCCCACCACCACACCCAGCCCUAGCCCGUGA